AUGUCUCUUAUCGUUCUCGAAGAAGCCUUCAAUAUUCCCUCCCUUGCGGAGCAGUCGGCCUACCAGGCAAGGCUCUUCGUCGCCGACGGCAAUGGACAGGCUCACGCUGACCGCCUCGUCGACAUUCACGGCGAACGACUCGCCAAGAUGGAUAAACACGGAGUCGCUCACACCAUCCUCUCGCUCACUGCUCCCGGUAUCCAGGAUCUUGACGAGCCCAAAGCGGCAGCAGCAACGGCUCGGGAGGUCAACGACUGGGUGUACCAGCAGGUGCAAAAGAACCCCAAGCGCUUCAGUGCCUUCGCCUCACUCUCGAUGCACAACCCCAAGGAUGCUAGCGAAGAGCUGCGCCGCUGUGUCAAGGAGCUUGGCUUUGUCGGUGCGCUGGUCAACGACAACCAGCGUCUGCCCAACGACGAGGCUGCAUGGUACGACCAGCCCGAAUGGGAUGAGUUCUGGUCCACCGUGACCGAGCUCGACGUGCCUUUCUACCUUCACCCCAUCGCACCCAAGGGCGAGAUUCACCGACGUCUCUACAAGGACCGUGCUGCGCUGAUCGGCCCCGUUCUGUCAUUUGCCAACAAUGUGUCUGCUCAUCUUCUCGGUCUCGUUGUCAACGGCGUGUUCGACCGUCACCCCAAGCUCAAGAUCAUCGUCGGCCACCUCGGCGAACACAUCCCAUUCGAUUUGUGGCGUAUCAACCACUGGCUCGAGGAUGUCCACAAGCCGCGUGGUGCAGUUUCGAUGAAGAAGACCAUCCGUGACUACUUUAACGAAAACAUCUGGGUCACUACCUCGGGUCACUUCUCCACCCUCACGCUCAAGUAUGUUCAGGACGAGAUUGGCAUUGACAGGAUCCUCUUCUCGAUCGACUAUCCAUACGAGAAGUUCGAAGACGCCUGCAAUUGGUUCAAGACACUCGACGGCAAGUUUUCCGCGGAGGACCUGGCCAAGAUUAGCCACGAGAACUCGAAGAAGCUCUUCCCUCACCUGCAAUCCUAG